UAGAAAAUACAAAAUAUCAGGAUGGCAGGAAUUGGAGCCUCAAUGACUUCUUCUAUCACCAUUUUUUUAGUGCUAUUCAUAUCUCUUAGCUUUCCUUCUCAAACCACCGCAAAUGGUUAUUUCUAUGAUUCACCACCACCUCCAACUCCGGUGUAUAAGCCUGCACCAGUAUAUAAACCUGCUCCAGUUUAUAUGCCUGAAUCAGUUUAUAAGGCUCCGGUCUACACGCCUAAACCAGUCUACACGCCCAAACCUUACUACAAGGCUCCGGUUUACACUUCUAAACCAGUCUACAAAGCUCCCGUCUACACGCCUAAACCUUACUACAAGGUUCCGGUCUACACUCCUAAACCUGUCUACAAAGCUCCCGUCUACACACCUAAACCAGUCUACAAGCCUCCCGUCUACAUGCCUAAACCAGUCUACAAAGCUCCCUUCUACACGCCUAAACCUUACUACAAGGCUCCGGUCUACACUCCUAAACCAGUUUACAAAUCUCCCGUAUACACACCUAAGCCUUACUACAAGGCUCCGGUCUACACUCCUAAACCAGUUUACAAAGCUCCCAUAUACUCACCUAAACCUCAUUACAAGGCUCCGGUCUACACGCCUAAACCUUACUACAAGGCUCCUGUCUACACUCCUAAACCAGUCUACAAGGCUCCUGUAUACACUCCUAAACCUUAUUAUACGGCUCCGAUCUACACACCUAAACCUUAUUACAAGGCUCCCGUCUACACGCCUAAACCAAUCUACAAAGCUCCUGUCUACACACCUAAACCUUACUACAAAGCUCCUGUCUACACGCCUAAACCAGUCUACAAAACUCCCGCCUACACACCUAAACCUUACUACAAGGCUCCCGUCUACACUCCUAAACCUUACUAUAAGGCUCCCGUCUACACGCCUAAACCUUACUACAAGGCUCCCGUCUACACUCCUAAACCAGUCUACAAGGCUCCCGUAUACACUCCUACACCAGUCUACAAAGCUCCUGUCUACACACCUAAACCACAAGGCUCCCGUCUACGCUCCUAAACCAGUGAACAAGACUCCUGUCUACACGCCUAAACCAGUCUACAAGGCUCCAAUUUAAGAGCCUACCCCAGUUUACAAACCUACACCAGUUUACAAGGCUCUCACCCCCAUCUACUAAGAACGGUCACCGCCCCAGCUUACUCCCAAUAGUUUUCAAGUAUGAAUCACCUCCUCCGACUGCUCACAUAUUCACAUCACUUCCUCGUGGUAAGGCUCCUCAUUACCAGUUACCAGUUCGAUGAAUAUCUUCAAGUCUCGCAUGCUUUUGCAAUUUAUAUUCUUCAAUAAAAAAUGAAGCGUGUCAAUAUACAUUGUAUAAGAAAGAUGAACAUGUAGAGAUGUUUCAUUGUAUUUCGUUUGUAAUUUUUGUUUGUAUUUGGUGUUUAAUUAUGAGCAAUUGAAGCUCUAUGUUGCAAUAAUUUCAUAUAUUUUCUAUGGUUGGAAAUUGUGAGCUUUGUAUUUACAUAUUUCUAGAUAAAUCAUCUUCGUCGAAAAACGU